UUCUCUGGAGACUUGAGACCCAGGAAGAACCAUGAAGUGGCUGCUGCUGCUCAGCUUGGUGGUGCUCUCUGAGUGUGUCAUCAUCAAGGUUCCCCUAGUCAAGAAGAAGUCCUUGAGGCAGAACCUGAUCCAGCAUGGCCUGCUGAAGGACUACCUGAAGACGCACAGCAUCAACCCAGCCAGCAAGUACUUCAAGGAGGCCGCCUCCAUGAUGGCCACCCAGCCCCUUGAGAACUACAUGGAUCCCUCCUUUCCUUUCAUGGCGCUGGGCACAACCAGCCAUCGUGCAUUCGCGGGACUGCGUGUUUCAGACCCACCAGGCAAUGACCAGAGUGGCAGCGUGGUGAUGUUUGGUGGCAUCGAUUCUUCUUACUACACUGGAAACCUGAACUGGGUGCCCCUUUCUUCUGAGACUUACUGGCAGAUCACCGUGGAUAGCAUCACCAUGAACGGACAGACCAUCGCUUGCAGCGGGAGCUGCCAGGCCAUUGUGGACACCGGCACCUCUCUGCUGGCUGGCCCCACCAAUGCCAUUGCCAACAUCCAGGGUUACAUUGGAGCCAGCCAGAACUCGUACGGCGAGAUGGUGGUCAGCUGCUCUGCCAUCAACAGCCUGCCCAACAUCGUCUUCACCAUCAAUGGCAUCCAGUACCCUCUGCCCCCCAGUGCCUACAUCCUGCAGAGCCAGCAGGGCUGCACCAGCGGCUUCCAGGGCAUGAACCUCCCCACCAGCUCCGGAGAGCUCUGGAUCCUGGGUGACGUCUUCAUUCGUCAGUACUUUACCGUCUUCGACAGGGGGAACAACCAGGUGGGCCUGGCUCCCGUGGCCUAAGCCUGAGUCCUCCCGGCCACCUCCCAGGAAGACCCAGCCCCAGUCCUGCGCCCACUCUCCAUGUAUCUAAUUGUCCCAGUGGUUCUUCCUGUGGGAUUGUGAAGGUGGAAUCUUGGCCCUGC